AUGGGAAUCCCUCACUUGAUUACCACUCUGGAGCGUUAUGCUUCAGACAAGACUCUGCAGAAUCAACCUGUGGUCAUUGAUGGUCCAGCUCUAGCAUAUCAUGUCCUUCAUAUCUGCAGAAUUCAAGGCGCCAGCCAGCCAUCAUAUAGCCUUCUCAGCCGGGUCGUCAUAGACUGGUUGGAUCGGUUAAAGGAUCAGCAAGUGGUCAUUCGAGCCAUAUACUUCGAUGGCUACCUGCCAGAAUCCAAACGACUAGUACGCAUGGAGAGGGUGAUGAAAGUGACUUCUCGACUCAAUAUAUUCUACUCUGCCAACCCUACAGCUUGCCCUCGUAGGCAUGUAGUUCCAUCAAAUGACUUAUAUCUGGAUGCAAACCGUCCAACAAGAUUCACAGACAAGACUUCUCUGGAUCCAGCAUUUCUAGUGCCUGCGGUCAUUGAUGCCAUCCGGCAUAGUGACACUUACCGAGAUAAAUUGUCUAUCGUUCCAGGAGAGGCUGACGCUUACUGCGCUGCAGAGACGGCAAAGCAUGGCGGCACAAUACUUACAUCUGAUUCCGAUCUCCUUGCUCACAACAUUGGCAAUGGCAAAGUUGUAUUCUUCCGAGAUAUUUAUGAGAAUGCUAGCUCCAAGCUAUCGUGCACCGAAUAUGCUCCUCGUGAAAUAUAUACGAAGCUCGGCUUAACAAAAUCCGCUGACCCCUGUCGACUGGGGUAUGAGCGCUUGCGUUCCCCCAAUGCCACGCUGCCGCUGCUAUUAAAGGCCUGCUUGAGUCCGAUAGUAGAUGCUAUGGACUAUAAUCAUUUCCGACAGCAAUAUCUCCAACACGAAAGUGCCCAGCUGCCACGGCUGAUCGGAGGUGACUUGCUGUCACUGAAAGCCCUUGACCCUAGAGUCUCCGAGUUGCUUCUUCAGAUUGGCCAAGCACCCAAAACCAAAGGCGCAAAGGAAAAGAACAAAAUCUUCCUUCCAUCUUUAAUUGAAAACCCUAACAAAGGCACAACUUGGGAUGCAAGCGCGCCUGUCAGGCAGGUGGCAUACAAGACAGCAUGCCAGUAUAUUCAAGGUGGUCGCUCAAUUUCAGUCGAAGAAUAUAGACGGGUGCAGAACGUCGAUCAAAAAGGACGAGAAAUCUUGUUGCUAACGAAUGAUGAGGCGAAUGAUGCAGUCAAUGAGCUUCUGGCGCUUAUGAAACGAGUCAAAGAAACACAAGUAGCUCCGCAGCAUUACUGGACUCUUUUGUCCAUGGCAUUAGAUAUUAUGGAAUGCAACCAGCAGGGUAAGAACUCACAUAUUUUGAUCACGCUUCAACGGGACCAUAGCAGCUUGGCCACCUCAAGAGACAAAAUCUCAUGGGACAUGAUUCAUUUCUCUGCGCAUAUACAGGCUGGAUACUACUCUCUUCGCAUUUUGAGCCAAGUGCUCACUUCCGUCAUUCUCGAGAACAAUAGCACAGACAGUCUGACCCUCAACCUCAUCCAGCUCCGGAAUCUUUUAUCAGAGCUACCCCCUCUCUCCGAAUUUCCAGAUGUUGAUUCGCUGUCCAGUCUUCUUGAGGCAUCAAAAGAGCUUCAAAUAUUGCGUAUUUUAUCAGAUUUUAUAGUUUCUGAGCAGGAAUCUUCUCAAGAGUCUGCAGAUGCUCGCCAUCAAACGCAAGAGAAGAAACAAAACAAGCGGGGAGGAUUGCCAAAUGGCGUUAGCAAGACGCAAAAUAAAAAGAAAAAUGAUGCAAGCAGAGGAAACAUGUUUAAUAUUCUCUCCACAGACAUAUAA